CUCAAACCAGCCGCAACCCUGCGACCAUCACGUUCGACCGCGAUAAGUACUCGAAACAAAUGUCCUCUAAUAAAGGCAUACGCGACCGUACACUGAACUGUAUCGAGUCAUUCAACAAGUGUUUAGUGAAUCCUACACUUGGCAAGCUCGGCUGGGUCGAGAGAUGCCAGGCUGACUUCAAUCUCUGGACCUAUGGGCUGAAAGCAACUUCGACGGGAAAGUCAUCACUCGACUAUCGUGUCCGGGAGCGCGAAGACGUGCGCAAUGUGAUUUGCGAUCUCCUCGAUGGAAUGGCGGAGUCGCUGCACCGUUGUCUAGAGGCGUCGACAGAGCUCGAAGGAGUAGAGGACCUCGAGUUUGACAUCAGGACCGUGUUGAAACAGCUUUCUCGCAUACAUGUCGCGAUCCGACGGGCCGGGAAUCAUUUGCGCCACCAAAGAGCUGAUGCUGCGCUGGGAGAUGCGCUCGAAACUGAAGAUUUCAUAGAGUGGAAGGAAGACAUGGAGAACCUGAUCCUGAUGGGCAUCGAGAACAAGAAUCCAAAACAAGGGCUCGAAGAAGGCCGAAACCCGGGUCAUUCUCAGCAGAGGACCUUACGUAACGUUCAAGAACGUCUCAUUCGUGCAAAUCUGUUACGUCGACAUCGAAUACAAUAUGCACGAUCAGCUUUGGAGGAAGCCAAACGGAAGGAUGCAGAGCGACUGCUCAAGGAGGCCAAGAAGCAUGCCAUCGAACCCGCACCAUCGCAACCGCACGUUGCAACUGUUGUCAUCGAACCGGAACGGCUCGAACGUAAGGAUCAAGGCCCAGUUGAAGGCCAUCCCAUCAAUAACCCACCAUUGAGCGAAAAUCAACAAACAGCUACAGAUAUUCCGUCUAAGUUCAAAUUACCACUUGCGAAUUCCCGCAAGUCUGGUACGAUCAUUACGAAGGCGACGCAAACCGGGCGGGAACAGAAUUACCCUCGUUGGCACAAAGACUUGGGAGCUUAUGGGAAUUUUUUGUGCCCGUACUGUGCAGAGCCGCUUUCCAGAGACUACAUCAACAAUGAUAUCAGAUGGAGAGGGCACCUCGCAGGCGAUCUGACACCAUAUGUCUGCAUCAUGGAUGAUUGUAAAACGCCAGACUUCAUGUUUGUCACUACUGAGGAUCUGAACAAACACAUUCUUGGGGAACACGGCUGCCAUCGUUGGGUAUGUAAUUACUGUGCAAAUGAGGCUGACGAGCUACACCGCAACGACACUUUCAUAUACGACACUGCUGAAGACUGGGUCAGCCACGUUAAAAAUGACCAUCUCCCCAACAUACCGGUAUCACAGCUUGAAGAGCUGUCUCUACUCAGCCAAAGGAGAUUUAUCCAGUCCAUGGAGUGUCCACUCUGCGAUGUUGCUGUUUCUACUAUACAAACCGAACUAGAUGGGCAUAUAGCAGGUCAUCUCCACUCUUUUGCAUUAAGAGCGCUUCCUUGGGGACUUUCGCAAGGCUCCCAUGGAUCUGACACGCCGCGAGCUUCCGCGAGAAUAGAAUUGGAAAGCUCUUUUGUGUCUUCUAGGUGGGAAAACCUUAGCAACCAAUCUGAUGUAGAAUGGCCGGAUCAUGACAAGCCGGCGAUAGAGAAUUGGAGCGACUGGCAUGAUAUGAAAGAUGAAGCUGUUAUUCGAAAGCAUUUUAUAGAGAAUUGGAUGCGGGACAUUUCAGACUUCCUCGCAUCAGAUGAGGAAAAAUUUCAUCGUGCGGCGCCUGGGGAGGUGCUUCAAGAAGAGUCGACGUACAGGAAUCGGAAGAUGGCCGAAAUCACGAGGAUCGCAGAUGUACCUGAGAAUAACUUCAAUAUAGAUAAGUCGCUGCACGCGGUGCCUCCAGGGAGAUCAGAGACCCCGUCAGUCCCUUCCUGCGCCAUUCCCUUCCGCCGCGACCCGGACUUCGUCGACCACGGAACGCUGCUCGAUCAGAUACGCGAGAAAUGCGCUGCGCCGGCAUCACGGAUAGCGCUGGUGGGCCUGGGCGGUGUGGGAAAGUCGCAACUCGCCAUCGAGCACUGCUAUCGAACCGCGGAGGCAUCUCCAGAGACGUGGGUGUUCUGGGUCCACGCUAGCAACGCGGCCCGCAUUGAACAAGGCUACCGAGACAUCGCAGACCAAGUCAGGCUGGCCGGCCGGAACGACCCGCAAGCAGACGUUUUCAAGCUCGUUCAUAACUGGCUUUGCAAUGAAAAGAACGGCAAGUGGCUGGUAGUCCUCGACAAUGCCGAUGAUGCUGCUGCACUCACUCUGCCAGCAAUCAAUGACCCGAAGGCAAAGGCGAGCAGCGGAGAUAGCGCUUACCCAUGGUCUCUCUCGUUGUAUCUGCCCCAUAGCAAAAACGGCUCGGUGCUGGUGACCAGUCGGACGAAAAGCGCGGCAUUGCAGCUAGUGGAGGAGGGCGACAUCCUAUUCAUCGAGCCUAUGGACGACGCUAGCAGCCAAGAGCUUUUGCGAACAAAGCUAGGAGAGGAGGUGGACGAGGACCGCACUGCCGAGCUAGCAAGGGCCCUCGAGUUCAUGCCACUCGCUCUCGUGCAGGCAGCCGCAUACAUCCGACAACGAGCACCCAGGUGUUCGGUGCAGCAAUACCUAGAGGAGCUCCACAAGAGCGACAGGAAAUGGACAGGCCUGCUAGACUACGACGGGGGCCGUCUCCGGAGAGACCUAGAAGCCAAGAACUCUAUUCUUAUAACGUGGCAAAUCUCGUUCGACCAUAUACUCCAAGCAAGGCGGUCAGCAGCAGAUCUGCUGUCGUUAAUGAGCUUCUUUGACCGGCAGGGGAUUCCUGAGGCGCUUCUUCGCGACCAAUAUAGGACAGAGAACAGACACGGUGGUGUAGAAGCCAUUCAUAGAGACAGCGAAGACAGCGACAGCGACAAUAACGAAUUAGAAGCGAGCGUUGACGACGUGUUUGAAGGUGAUAUUAACAUGCUAAGGAACUACUCGUUUAUUUGGGUUACCACCGACGCCAGCACGUUUGAUAUGCAUAGGCUCGUGCAGCUAGCCACGCGGAAGUGGUUAGAAGGGAUGGGCCAACUGGAAACAUGGAAGCAGCAGUACAUCAACAAUCUUUGCGCAGCAUUUCCAACAGGGAAGCACGAGAACUGGGUCCAGUGUCAGGCGCUCUUUCCGCACGCCAAGUCAGCGCUAUUACAGCCGCCUAAGUCUGAGGAAUCGCUCCGACAGUGGGCUCUGUUGUUGUACAAUGCAGCAUGGUAUGCGUGGCAGAAAGGAAAUGUGGGCGAUGCAGAGAAACUGUCAGUAAGAUCAAUGAAAGUUAGGAAAAAGCUUCUUGGGAAAGAGCAUACAGAUACGUUAAGCAGUACAGCGAUGGCAGGGUUAGCAGCCAAGCUUGCAGGACGGUGGAAGGAGGCCGAAGAGCUGGAGGUGCAAGUGAUGGAGACGAGAAAGAGGGUGCUUGGGGAGGAGCAUCCAGACACGCUGAUCAGCAUGAACAAUCUCGCAUUUACGUUAAAGGGUCAGGGGCUCACAAGUAACGCAAUCUCACUGAUGGAGGACUGCUGCAGGCUGCAGGCAGUAGUCUUGGGUUCUCGACAUCCCUUUACUAUAUCAUCUCACGAAGCUCUUGCAACAUGGCAGUUAGAGGCCAUGGAAACUAGUAAGCAGAAUGUCUAGCAAGAGAUAGGUGUGGUAAGCAGAUGGUCUCUAAACCAGCAGGCCAAACGUAGCACAAAAGUAGCAUAGCUAAAGUACCGCAGUUCGCUUAGAAAUCAUUGUGAGUUGCAGCGUAUGUGAGAUGGUACUUCGAGUUGCCACCGCUAGUAGGGAGGAUGGCCGAACCGCACCGGCCAUAGGGUUGUCUGGGGGGCGCUGAAUUUGUGUUGGUGUGGAGGAGGAAGAGGUUGAGAUAGACCU